CUCUCCACAGCCCUGAUUCAGUGGCCGUCACGUUAUGGUUUCAAGAUAGGUUUAAACAACACUUGCUGCGCUUGUUAUAUCGGAUUGGUUGGCGGAACUGACAGAAAAGUAGACAGCAUCAAAUCGGUCUCAAUAUUAUUGGUAAACGGCAUUCAAAUAUGACGGCACGGCAAGCAUGAAGAUACUGCGAAAAUAUCGAUAUUCCUUACUGGUGGCGAUCGGCGUGUUCGUGUCCCUUUAUCUCUGUAACACGGAAACGGAACGGCCCAGCCGACGGAUGCUUCCAUCCGAUGAAGACGAGACGACGUUCCCAUCGAUUGAUGUUCCAGUUACAGGUUUCCAUGCCACACCAGGACAAAGCACACACAUGCCAACUGUACAGAAGGAUCGUUCAGGCAUUCCACCUUAUCUACUGCCCAUAUUCAGAUUUGGUUCCGGACCAAACAAUCAGUACAGAAGUUUCAAGAUAGCAAUUCGCUUCGCUAUUCAUUUUAAUCGAACCUUGGUCUUAGGACCGUUUUUCAACCACAUACUUAUAGACAAGAAAGAAUCUAGGGCGUUCAAUGAAACAUUCGACGUUGCAUCGCUCAGUGCAAUAGUGCCCGUUGCUUCUAUUGAGCAAUUCUACAAUGACUGCGACGGCGUCAUUGAUAAAAUAGUACACGGAAAGCCUUUCAUACACAGUCCUAAGGACUACGAGUAUUACAUUGAAAAAUAUAAAAGGACGCGUCGAAGAUUUACCUAUACAACUGGGAUCAGGUUUCCAGGAUUGGGAAGCAUUCCAAAAAGUUCGUUGGGCAGUGCGCAGAGAUUUAAAAAUGCCACUGCCAGUCCAUGCCUGGCUUUUUACACGCCAUUCACUAUUGAUUACGAGUUUAUGAAUCUCACCUCACCCAUUAGCACUGAUGAAUUUUAUAAAAUGGGAAAACUCAUCGAGGAAUACGUAGUAAGAUCAACCCAAAUUCGCCAAGUUACAGACGUUUUUGAGAGAAUAAUUUGCAAUGGAGCACCGUAUAUGGUUGUACAUUGGCGGAUCAACGAUGAUUUCAUGAACUUGUGGUGUAAUGCGCUCAAAAGUCCAGAAUGCAAGUUGUUUCGAGAACUGAACGAAACAGGCGAAUUCAUUGGCAAACAGAUACAACAAACGAUGGACCGUUACCGGGUUAAGUGCAUCUAUGUUGCCAGACCUCCAGGUUCAUGGAACCUGGUAAAACAUUUGAGAGGAUUCACAUCUAAGGUCUAUACAUCAAGUGAAAUAGUACGGAAUGCUGGGAACGAAUUGAGCUUUCUCUGGGAUGACAAUUAUUUUUUGUCUCUAGUAGAGCAAGAAUUGGCGUACAGGUCUUCUUUAUUCAUUGGAAGCAGUGGGUCUUCUUGGACAUGCUUUGUGAAACGCGAAAGACAACUACGGGACGCACCUACCGUGUCUCUUAGUGAAAUAUUGGGAUUUCCCGAAUCCACGUGUUUAUAAUGUUUCCAAAAAGCUGUAUAUUUCAUCGAAAACCCGACAUUUUUACAACAACG